CUCCGAGCAGCCAAUGACAAGUGAGAUAGAGUUUAGGAUGAAGUCAGCUCUCUCUCCACCCUCAGGAGCUGCUGAGAUCCCCAGUGCAGGGUGCAAGUGCAGAACAGCCUGGGUCCAAUAGUGAGCAGCUGGGCGGUGACCAGACAGUGCCUCCCGGGGAGGAAACCCAGUCACACCGCUGGCCAAGAGGAGGCUUUAUAUAUAAAGGGUAAUGCUGAGCAGUCUAACUACAGUAUCUUCCAUUGUGGACUCCUAGGAACAACAUCCUCCGCACACAUCUCUAAGGAAUUCUCCCAAAUACUCUGCUGCAACCGAAUCCUACUAUAUAGUCUACCACUCAACAUCCCUAUCUCACCAUAUAAUACCCGGUAGCAGCUGGAAGCAUUGGGAGUUACAGCGGAGCUACAGCUUCUGAAGCUUAAUUAAAGUGCUCGCCUCAGAAGAGAGUUCAGGUGUUAUCACUGCGAACAAAGUGCUGGGAGCGUCACCUGCCCAGGUAGAUAGACCCGUGGUGUGCAGGACAGAUGUGACAGCCACUAGUGUUCCUGGAUCAGUGUGGGACAAAGUCACGCAUAUACCAUAAUUAUAUAUAUUCAGAUCUAGUAGCAUUGUCACAUUAUCACUUAUACACCUGUAUUAUACAGUCCUACAGGGGCAGCCAUCAGGGGGAACCUCUGUCUAUGCGCAGGUGCGGCACAAUGGCUAGGGCGCACAGGCGGUGGUAGUGUCUUACUUGCUACAAUGACACCAAUUAAUGUUUAGCUAAUUAGAAACGCUGCUAAUUUCCCUCCUAUUUGCUGUGUCUGGCUUCAGGUCCACCUAGAGAUGCUGAGGCUGUAUGAGGAGCUCCCCCCUGCCUCCGUGCGCAGCCUGCUGCUCCCCGCACUCUGCGCACUGCUUGCCGUUUGCGCCUACAAGUGGCUGCAGCUGUGGAUCUUCCCUUGGUGGUCCGGAGCGCAUCACCCACCCGGCCCUUUCCCGUGGCCCCUGGUCGGCAAUGCCAUGCAGAUCGGCAGCUUGCCUCAUCUGACUUUCGUAGCUAUGGCCAAAAAAUACGGGGAGAUCUUCCAGAUCAAGCUGGGCGGCCAGAGAGUGGUGGUGCUGAACGGAGACCAGGUCAUCCGCCACGCAUUGCUGCACACAGGGGGGGACUUUGCGGGGCGCCCGGGGUUCCCGUCGUUCAGGUAUGUCUCAGGAGGACGCAGUUUGGCUUUUGGAGCUUACAAUGAAAGGUGGAAAGUGCACCGCAAAAUUGCGCAGUCCACAGUCAGAGUCUUCACCACCAACAACCUGCAAACCAAGCGCAGUCUGGGUCAGCACAUCCUGAGGGAAACCCGGGAGCUGGUCAGCCUUUUCUCCGCCCUGGGAGAGGGGGGCACAUACUUUGCCCCGGGAAGGCACCUGGUGGUGGUAGUGGCUAACGUGAUGAGCGCAGUCUGCUUCGGCCGCCGCUACAACCACACGGACCUGGAGUUCCAGGCGCUGCUCAGCAACAACGAUAAGUUCAGUAAGACGGUGGGGGCAGGCAGCCUGGUGGAUGUCAUGCCCUGGCUGCAGCACUUCCCCAACCCCGUCAGGACGGCAUUCAGGGACUUCCAGCAGGUCAACAACGACUUCUAUGACUUUGUCCACAGUAAGUUCCUGCAGCACCAAGAGACGGCUGUAUGGAACUUCACACGGGACAUGAUGGACGCUUUUAUCCAUAUGCUGCCGGGGAUGAACGGAACAGGAGCCUCAUCCAGGGAUCAUGCUAUAGAAAGGAGGGAUGAGGUGAAGAACGGGAACGCAGGAGGAAUACACCUGCUGGAGCCUGAGCACGUCCCAGCCACAGUCUGUGAUAUAUUUGGGGCCAGCCAGGACACUCUCUCCACAUCCCUGCAGUGGCUGAUCUUCUUUCUGAUCAGAUAUCCAGAGGUUCAGAAGAAAAUGCAGAAUGAAGUGGACAAGGUCAUUGGCAGAGAUCGCUUACCCUGUGUGGACGAUCAGUCCAACUUACCCUACAUCAUGGCCUUUCUUUAUGAGUUAAUGCGGUUCAGCAGUUUUGUUCCUCUCACCAUCCCUCAUUCUACCACAAGAGACACCACGCUAAUGGGCUACAAUAUUUCUAAAGACACAGUGGUAUUUGUCAAUCAGUGGUCAGUCAAUCAUGAUUCAGUGAAAUGGUCAAACCCUUCAGAAUUUGACCCGUCUAGAUUCUUGGAUGAAAAUGGGUUUAUCAACAAAGACACAGUGAGCAAUGUGAUGAUCUUCUCAGUGGGUAAACGGAGAUGCAUUGGGGAAGAGCUAUCAAAGAUGCAACUCUUCCUUUUCGCAUCUCUUUUGGCACAUCAGUGCACUUUCAGCGCCAAUCCAGCCGAGAACCUCAACCAGCAAUGUGACUAUGGCUUGAGUAUCAAACCUAAGACUUUCACUGUUAGUAUGAAGCUUCGGGAUGGAAAUAUGGACUUGCUAGACAAUACUGUGCUCAGCAUGGAAACAGAGGAGUGAAAUACUUGUGGCUUCCUUUAGUAAAGACACUUUAAUCACUGGGAUCAAAAUGGUGCACUAAGAUUUCUACGUAAUACAUUUGUAAUGCAUACAGUGGUGUGCACUGAGGUGAGGCAGAACCUUCCCUGUCAUACUCCAUUAUAUGCCAGUUUUGACUAUAUAAAGUAUAUGAAAAAUAACAAUAAUAUAUUAUAAAUAUAUUCUUUGUAUUAUUCUAAUCAUUCUUAAACUCAAAACUCUGGAGUAAAAAGUCUAUGACAGAUGAAGCAGUGCCCCCCUGCCUCUUUUCCACACAUCAAAACUCACACAUUUUCCAGCAGUUUAUACUGCUGCACCUGUGUAUAAUGCCACAUGCACCCUUGGGCUCACAUAUUGUGUGUAAAUCUGGCUCUGGUACCAGCCAUUUCCCUCACCGUACGUCCCUGAUAAGUACUGUAUAGCUCUAUGAAGCACCAAUUUGCUUUUGUAUUUACUGAGAUCAUUUUAAGUGAUGACAUUUCUGAUGCUUGCCACCUUCUCAUUAUCUUGACAUUCUGAGUGUCAUCAUUUCUGACCUUAAUAGUGACUUCUGGCCAUCACAUGAAGAUUAACAGCCCAUUUGGAAAAUAGUUUAAGUAAAUUCACAAAACCAAAACCUAUGACAAUAACUGAAUGGUCCAAACGAUAACUACUCCUCUAGCAACUAAAGCCUGUCUGUAUUUUGUAUAGCUAAGAGUAUUUUUGUUAAUAUUUGAAUGCCUUUGUCAAAUCUAUUUGUCACCAAGGGGGGAAUUCAUUUAGCUGCGUGUUUACCCCACGGUUAAUUACUGCACAAUGGCAAUUCAAUACAAGGGGGAUUACCUUGCAAGUUAAUUUGUAGAGGGUGGACUUUUCCUUGCAUCCUCUAAAGCUGCAAGGAAAAGUCUGCGAGAAAAGGCACAAAUGGGGGUUUAAUGUUGAUUCCAUGUUGUAUGUAGAAGUAGUGGGUUAGCGCAUGUUAACCCCUGAUUUACUGUGGCGGGGAAAGUCUGUUUAAUUGAAUAGCUAUUCCCACAUGGCGUCGUAAUUAGCCAGCUAAUUGGAUUCCUCCCUAAGUGUUGCUAAAGCUAGAAAAUAUUUAUUAACAAAAUACAAGUUUUCCUUACUUAGCGACAGUCAUUGAAGGUGAAACCCAUCAAAUUUUUUUUGUGAGACUCUAUCAACCAGCAUUAAUGUUGGGUUCCCUUUCCCUGGACAAAUUCUGUGAAACAUAAUAAAUCUUGUGGCCACACAUUGCCAUACUGUAUUAGGGUAUCAAAGGGGGUGAGCAAAGUUUCUGUAGAGCAGCAGAGGUCCCAACGGAGAGAAGAAAGAUGUUCUUUUUGUUUGGGAAUGGGGGCAGGGGAACUGUGUAAAGAAAAAAAAAGUGUACUGUAGUGUGGCUGACAUCCAUUCAUGCACAUUCCCAACGCCAUGCAAUAUGUUGUCCUCUGUCUCUGUGUACUGACACGAAAGCAAACAGAAAGUACAAUUAUAGAUGCUGAGUGAAAACUACAUAGGGGCGCUGCUAAGGGGCUGGUAAAAGCAGGGUUGGGAAAACAUUGUAAUAAAAGUUUGGAAACCACAGCGAGCACACAAGUCUUUAUGGCAAGUGCCAUUGUCACUGGAUUGCCAGUCAGCCAGGUACUGUACGUCACAAGAAAAAGUGUUUAAUUGCAAACCUGCUGGGAACAUCUGUAUAUUAAUUAAAAAGGCCUCUCAGUUAUCCAUUGUGCUGCAUUAAGUGUGCUGAAUAAUAAUAAGCUUUGGUGAUAUCUGAAGGAUAUACAAUGUAAGCUAUACUGUACAUGUAACUCAUAUAUACCUUCUUCCUUUUAGAACAUGCAAAAGUAUAUUUUAAAUUAUUGUAAUAAUAACCCAGCACCCAGAUAGUGCAAGUUCCUACAUCUUCCCCUAAUCUGGUGCUUGAAUGUUCCACAUUGUACACACUUAGGAAUUAACUAGUUGUGAAAUCAUAUUGCUAAAUGUUCCAUUAAAAAAAGUCUUUCCUGUAAUACAUACACUUUUAUUGCAUACAGUGGCAUUACACAUCUACCAGUGGCUCACUUAAAUUCUUUGGCAAAUGUCUUUGUGUAGCUCAGCCAUUCCUGAAGUUGUCACCACAUCCAAAAUCUCUUAAAAUCAUAUAACUCGCUUUAAGGAACACAAUUAAAUGACAUACAUUGAGAUGUAGAGAUGAGGUUUUCACAUCACCUUUUCUCAUUCUGUCCUCCACAGAAUCUAUGGAACUUGCACAUGUCCCUUAUACAGUAGUGGGUUACUUAUAAGGAGUAAGUUCAUGACCCUAUAGGCAAACAAUAAAGCAUGUCAUGUGAUUUGCCAACAAAAUGUUGGUGUAUGCUGCCAAAGGAGAACAUGUUGCAGAUAUACUGUAUAGUCAAAAGUGGGGACUUGUUCUAGCGCUAUAAAGUGUAUGAUUUAUGUAGCAGUAUAUAGGUUAUAGCUGCACAAAUAGUGUUUUGUCAAUUCUAUGCAAACUAUAUUCCAAUAACAUUCUAGUGUUGACUAUAUUCUGCAACCUCUUAGUUGUCUUCCCUGCCUUUGUUAUCCAAAUAUAAUAUUUGUGUUGAUAAUUAAAAGUAGAACUUGCAAGUAUCAAAAACAGUAUUGUCACAGUGACGAACAAAAAUGUAACAGGCUGAGGAAAUUUAAUAUAUGUUAAAAUCACAAAACAACAAGUAAUUUGACCAAAGACUGACAUUCAGGAAAGACACAAUGCUGACCACAUAUAGAGGACUUUUGGGGACCAGGACUUACGUGGGGUAUUCCUCUAUAAUUUUCAAUUUUUUAAGAAAUUACUUUUUUUGUAUAAUUUUUUGCAAUACAGUAUCUACUACAAAUGUCUUUGUUAAGAUUUUGAAGUGUAGUGGAAAAUUCUGUUUUUGUCAGGACUCAAAAAUAAACCAAAAAAGGUCUCAGGUUGCCACCAAUUUGCUCUUCUAGAACUUAGCACACAUCUGUGAAACACCAUUUUUUAUUUUUAGAUCUACAUUAGAUCAAUGUUUUGUAUGACAUGUAUGCCUUCAUGUAUUUUAUCCAUUUUUGUGUUAGCACAAAUCUUUUUGUAAACUAUUUUAGUUUCUCUUUAUAUAUUUCAUGAUCUAUGCAUUGUACUACGUGUUCAUUGUUCAAGUUUCAAACUGCUGUAAAAAUGAACUAGUCACUAGUUGGUAAUGAAACCUAAGUUACAGAUGGAGCAAUGCUCUAGCACAGCCGUGCACAUAACAUCAAGUUCCUUUUAACAUUGCUUAUCAUUGCUUCAUUUGAUUUUAACAUUACAAUUUUGGCAAUCUAUUAUAUUGUGGAAAAUUAUGGCAUAGUAGUUAUGUUAUGUAAGCUAUAUACAUUAUAGAAUGUAUUGCUCAAUGCAAUAAAAUACUG